AUGGGCGAGAAUAAUGAGACGAAGGUUGAAAAAGAGAAUAAGAAUGAAGGCGAGAAGAAGGCGGACGGCGGCGGAAAGAAAGAAGACAGUCCGAUCCCCGUCGUGUUGAAGCUGGACUUGCAUUGUGAAGGCUGCGCCAAGAAAGUCAGACGCUCCGUUCGCCAUUUCGAAGGAGUUGAGAAUGUAAAAGCAGAUUGGGGAGGCAAUAAAUUGACUGUGACCGGGAAGGUGGACCCGGCAUGGCUCAGGGAGCGAGUUGAAUACAAGACCAAGAAGAAGGUGGAGUUGGUCUCACCUCAGCCCAAGAAGGACGAUAAAAAACCAGAAGAGAAAUCCGACAAAAAACCAGAAGAGAAAAAGGCCGAGGAUAAAAAACCCAAAGAGCCUACUCCUACUACAGUGGUAAUGAAGAUUAAACUUCACUGUGACGGAUGUGCACAUAAAAUAAAGAGGAUAAUAAAUAAGAACAUUGAUGGAGUUGAUUCGGUGUCGACAAAUUUAGACAAGGAUUUGGUGACGGUUAAUGGGACAAUGGACGUAAAGCAUCUUACGGCAUACUUGAAAGAAAAGCUAAACCGGAGCAUAGAAAUUGUUCCUCCAGAGAAAGACGAAAGUGGUGGAGACAAGAAGGGAAAAGACGGUGACGGAGAGAAAAAAGAAGGUGGUGGAGACAAGAAGGGAAAAGAUGGUGACGGAGAGAAAAAGGAAGGCGGUGGAGACAAGAAAGAGGGUGGUGAGAAAAAAGAGAGUGGUGGCGGAGAAGGAAGCAAAAGCGAAGGAACAAAAGUUGAGGUGAACAAAAUGGAAUACCAGACGCACAAUCCCAAUACACACUAUGCAAUUCCAGUGUACAAUCAAAAUUAUGUCCAUCACGACUAUAAUGUACCAAUGUACAACCAAGGUUAUGCUAAUACUGGUUACAUGGUACAAUAUUCACAGGGCCCUCCUCCUCCACCGCCAACCUAUGUGAAUAUAGAUGAUCAAAUGUUUAGCGACGAAAACCCUAAUGGUUGCUUCAUCAUGUGA